CAAUCAGCAACAUUGAAGAGCGAUGCAGCGACUGGCAACUGCGCUGCUGCUCCUAAGUAGCAGCCUCGUCACGGUCGGCGGCAGCAACGAGACGCACGUGCGCUCGCACCGGCCCACCGCGCCGGUCCGCUCCGAGACGCCGGCGCCCACGUACCCGACGCGCCCGCCCGCCUCGAGCGACGACGCUCUCUACCGCUGCCACGAGCUGCCGCGCAUCUGCAGUCCGCCACCAGACGACAAGACCGACGCCUGCAGGAUGCUCUUUCCCGACUGCUUCCGCCAGCCAGCCAUCGUCGUUUCGACCAACGCAUCGGGCUCGCUCGAUGGACGAGUUCCAUGUUGCGACCGCGUGCAGCUGCUCAACGCACUCACGGCGCUACCCGAGACGCAGCUGUGCUUGACCACGUCCAACCUCUCAAUCCUCUCGCUGCUGUAUGGCAACCGCCUCGAGCGCGACCAAGUCCACGCCUUCAACCGAACGGCCGCUUGCCAGAGCUUUGCGGCCGCGUUCACGUCGGCGGUCGCGGCCAUGGCACCGUGCUCGAUCGAGGGCCGCCUUGUCCAUGGCGAGCGCUACAGCGGAGCUAGCUUCGAAGACUUUGUUGAGCGGCUCCUGGGGUAUGUCAACGUUGCCUAUGCGCCAACGUACGACGAUGCGCCGGCGCUCGCCGCCGUGCACGCGUUCCCGAGCGACGCGCUGCUCCACGUGGGCAUGGACCCGCGCCUUGGCCUUGGCCCGUUCCUCGUCUUGCUGCUCGAAGGGGUCCUCGUCUGUCUCUGCGUCGCCACGCUUUUCUGGUUCGUCCGGACCGCGUGCGAGGCCAACCCGUAUGCGACUGUCUUGUACGACGCGACCUUGCGCGGAAUCGCGGUCGUCGGUGUCCUUUCGUUUCUGGUCCAGCGCUGUCUGCUCUGGGAGCUCAUCCCGCUGAAUGGGCCUACGCACCAUGGUCUCCUCGUUGUCCAAGACGUGCUCUGGCUUGUCGUGCUCGUCCACGCUGCGCAGACGGCGGUCGUGAGCUGGCGCGUGUUUGGGGCGCACCACCGUCGGUGCGCCCUCGCCGGCCGGUCGCUCAAGGAUUUCGUGUCGGUCGCCACCAACGACGGGCUCGUGACCGCCGACAACCGCGUGCCACGCCGGUUCCACGAAGGCGUCGACUACUUCUUGCUCCGACACCUCUUCCUACAAGCGCAUACGCUCCCCACAACAUUCCAGUUUGAUGUGUACCUCAACCACGUCGAGGCCGCGACGCUCGUCGAGCUUUUGCCGCUGCCGUGGUGGAGCUGGCCCGUCCUCGUCGCUGUCUACGCGAGCUUCCUCGGGAUUGCAGACGGCGUUACGCAUCCAUCGUGGUCCUCAGCGACAGUGGACGAAAUGGCUCGGCUGGCGCCGCAAGUCUGGCGGCCGGAUGUCGCUGCAGCCCGCAUCUACGUCUUGCUUGCCUAUCUGAGCGUCGCACUCCUUCUUACCGUGGCGGUCGCCUGGUACCUCUACAAAGUCGCGUCCGGCCUCCUUCUCCAAGCGUGUGACAUCAUCAACGAGCUCAACAUGGCCUCCAAGAUCGAGUCGCUUCAGGUGCUCGCAUCGCGUGGUGACGGAGGUAGCGUCACGGCCAAGGACGUGGUCGCGUCGCUGACGUCCAUGGAGCAUCUCUCCGAGUCGCUUUUGGAGGCGCCGGAGGUGCUGCCAAGCCGCCUCGUGCAAAUGCCGUCGUGGAGUCGGUCGUCGCUGGCAUUGGUCGUUCGCCUAACGUUGGUGCUGCCCGUGCUCUUCCUGGCAUUGCUCUGGGACUGCCUCCUCCUCCUUGCUUCGGCGCCGUGGUGGUACCGCUGUGCGCUUGGGUCGCUUCUGCUUGUCCUCGCAGUUGUAUCGACGGUGCUUUUGCCGCUGCUGGCGCUGCAGCUGGGCACCGUUGUCGGCGUCGCGUGUCCGGACCGCCACCAAGUGCUCAAUGCGCUCUCCGCGUCGAUUCUUCGCCUUCGCGAACACGCACUGCAACUCAAGGCAACGAGCGCCGCGACGAUUGUGCUCAGCCCAACCCCCCAGUCGUGCAGCACAGCACGAUGCUAGUUAGUAGAUAUCAAGUCGACUAAAAUCGUUCACACAGUACAUCAACGCUUGCAGAAUGUCGA